UUGCCAACAAUAUCAUCCAUCUUUCAUAUUCGAAAUGGUGAUAUGUUUGUCCAAUAACGCAAAGAUAUAUUAUUCCAUUGUGUAUUUACAUAAAAGUGAAUGUGUGUACACAUGAUGGGUUGAAUGCUUUGUGUCAUUUUUGUGAGAAAGGGUGAUACGUUCCAUAUGUUUUGGCAGAACGCAACAAUUGGUUUAUAUAGAGACCAAGAACAGGAAUGACACUUGGAGGUCCAACUGUUGCCGCUUAUCUGGAUGACACGAAUCAGUACCCAAAGUUAGACCAUGUAUUAGGUACUGCCGGUCAAGCUGUUGGAAUACGAGGCACCUACGACGAUGACUUCAUCGAUAGGUUAAACCACAAAUAUACUGUGAUGCUUUUAGUGAUAUUUACGGUAAUAGUGAGUACAAGCCAAUAUGUCGGAAAUCCUAUUGAAUGUUGGUGUCCGACAGAUUUCACGGAAAAUCGAGUCGAUUAUACAAAUUUCGUAUGCUGGGUGUCGAAUACCUAUUAUAUUCCCAUGCAGAAUCAAAUCCCUGCUCAGUAUGACCAAAGGAGAGAACAAGAACUAACAUAUUAUCAAUGGGUCCCACUUAUUCUUCUAGUAUGCUCAAUGUUUUACAAGGUACCCAGAUUAAUAUACAAAGUUCUUGGGUCAUAUUCGGGGAUCAGCAUAGAUAAAAUCAACGGGAUGGCACGUGAUACACAAUACCUUGCACCUGAAGAGCGUGAAAAGAAAUUGAAGCAUAUAUCCAAAUAUAUGGGACAGUGGUUAAAAUCUGCCUCACCGCAUAGGGCUGGUCUUUGUCCACAUCUGCGUGAAAAGAUAGGAGAAGUUUGUUUCUUUCUUUGCGGACGUCAUUAUGGAAACUAUUUAACAACAGUGGCCAUGGUAUACAAGUUAUUAUUUUUAGUAAACUCGAUUGCUAUGAUGUAUACCAUGAAUGCAUUUAUGGGAUCAAAAUACAGUGUAUACGGAUUUGAAGUUCUAAAUUCUCUCUACGAGGGAGAAGACUGGACUUAUUCUCCUAAAUUCCCGCGUGUUACGCUCUGUGAUUUCGAAAUUCGACAGAUGACAAAUUUACAACGAUGGACUGUACAAUGUGUGCUUCCGGUCAAUCUUUUCAACGAAAAAAUAUUUAUAUUUCUGUGGUUUUGGAUGGUUUUCGUUGCCAUUGCGAAUGGUUUCGGUUUCUUGACUAAUCUUUAUGGAUACCUUUUGCCUCAUCAUCGUCGUUCAUAUAUACGAAAGUAUCUUAAAAUCAACGAACAGCACAAAAAGACAGAUUCCGAUAGACGAAUUAGAAAAGACUUUGUAAAGGACUUUUUGAAACAGGAUGGCAUUUUCGUAUUACGUCAAAUAAGUAACAACGCUAACGAUGUCAUUGCUUCCGAUGUCAUCAGAUAUUUAUACGCUGGUUUCUUAGAAAAAUAUAAACAAAGUGCAGACGAUAACAGUAACAUUGAAAAUGCAGAUUCAGUGUGAUAAAAUCAAAAUACUAGGUAAAAACAGAUUGAUUCCACAUAAUACAACGAAGUGAGAAGUAUCUCACUAACAGGAUACUGUCCCGUUUAAGAGUAUGUCCGGUGACUUGAUUUGUAAUAGUAUCCCUUAUGGGAUGCAUGUACGACAACAUUCAACAUUAUAUACGUAUAAAGAAAAGAGUUUUAAAUUGAUGAUUGGUGCAUUAGAAUGAUGGGACCAGAUUUCGACUGCCGUAAAGCAAACACAAUGAUCAUGAUGAUGGUGGAUGGUAAAACAAUAUAUAUAUAUAUUUAUAUAUAUAGAUUGCCUAACAAUGUAAUUUGCUAUUACAUUGUUAGGCAAUCUAUAAUUUUAUUUGUGUAAUUGAAUUAAUCUCUGUACUGAUUAAUCCACACUCCCAUAGAUGUGUAUGUCAUGUGCUGCUAUUAAUAGGCACUUAUAUAUAUACAGUCCACCAAAAGUUAAGCACCACCUAAAUAUAACUGGCAAUAUUUUUUUAACUAUUGCGAAAAACAUAUUUAUGUUUGGUGUUAUGAAUUGCCUAUAACAUAUACUAAGAAAAUUCAUUACGACCAACAAAAAAUAAACUCCGAUAAACACGCCAAGCAAUUUUUUAUUAAAGGUCAUCUGCACUUUUUCGAAUACACUGUUUCGAUGCCUUUAAAUCAUCUUCCUACUGUCCCGCGUACAGGUGAAAUUUGGCCUUCACAAAGUCACUGUGAAAUAUGGCAAGGGGUAAGUUAUAUGUGACUGAACCUUGACAAGCAAUUGACAUGUCAAAUGCCGGUAGGAGCACUAGUUGCAUAGGUAACCAUUUCAAUGUUAAACACACCGUGAUUGUCAGAUUUUUACAACGUCAUGUUGACACAGGAACUGUAAAUGAUAGACCAAUGUCCGGAAGACCCGAUUAACUACCGAUCUGGAUGACCGACUACUUAUUGGUUGUGCUGAAGCCAACCCAUUUACUCCUGCCCCACAACUUAGACACCACUGGUGUCAAGGUGGUCAUGUUAGUGUUUGAACAUUGGUCCGUCGACUUCAUAGAGGCUACCUAAGAGCACGUCGUGUUGUCAAGAGACCUGCCCUAACAGUCAGGCACCGUAUAAUUAGGUUUCAAAUGGCCAAUGACCAUCGACGCUGGAACAUGAGAAGCUGGCAAAAUGUUCAUUGGUCAAAUGAGAGUCAGUUUCUGUUACGACCAAUAGACGGCAGAAUACGAGUUUGUCGUGGAAAUAAAACUGCUAAUGACCAAAACAACAUUUGCCCAAUGACUGCAUACGUUUCUGGUGGUGUUACAGUAUGGGAUUUCUUCUCCUACUGUUGUAAGGUGGGUAUGCAUAUUCUGCAGGUUAACAUGAACGGACAGACAUACAGGGAUUUGGUGCUUAGAAACAUUGUAGUCCCUCAUUUUGAUAAUCCUUCACUUGCUUCAAGACCCUUGUGCAUGUACGACAAUGCUAAACCACACAGGGCAAGGAUUGUAACCGAGUACAAAGAGUACAAAGAGCAAGAAGCCAUUGACACUAUCUUUUGGUCUUCCAUGUCUCCAGACAUGAACCCUAUCGAAGAUGUCUAUGAUGCCAUUGGCAGAAAUCUCAAUCGCAGAGUUCCACCUUUGCAAAAUCUUAGCGAUUUAAGAAGCACAAUUGUUGCUAAAUUGAAUAAAUUUGCUCAACUAAAGUUCAGAAGGCUUGUAGAGAGUAUGAGACUCCGUGUUAUGGAACUGUACCGGAAGAGAGGGUGUUACACAUUCUAUUGACUCAAAUAUUGACUUUGAAUUUGCCGAACAUGCCAAAGAUUAUUUGUAGAGACUUUUAAUGAUAUUGGGUGAUUAAUUGUUGUAAAAAAAUAAAAUCACAGUGAAACGUAAAUUCCGUUUCUGAUUUGUGUAAUUUUCACUAUUUCUAUGAACGCAAAUUUCAAAUGCAUAGAACCUUCAUACGUGAACAAACUUAAGUCUACGGUUUGUUUAUGGUAUAUGUUAGCAAAAUUGCUACAUGAAUAUUUUCUCUUUUUCGAGGAUUAACUGAUUUUUUUAAAUGAAAAAAAUUUCUAAGCAAUAAAAAUAGGUGGUGCUUAACUUUUGGCGGACUGUAUAUAUGCUGAUAUAGAGAGUUUUGUUUUACGUUUUAUAAGCUCAUAUUAUUGUUUUUCUUUUACUAUUUAAUUAUUCAUGUUCAAAAACAGUUUAGUCUCUUUUUCAAUUUGGGCAAUUAGGGGAAUUCAUGUUGGUUGAACUAUAUUAGUUCCAGGUAUGUAAGCAUAAGUGUCUAAAAUUGUUGCAGCAAUUAAACUAUGCAUCAUCGAAAUUUGUCAUGGCUAACAAGAAAGCAGCAUGACUUUAGUGACCCAGAACUGAAUAAAUCAUAUUCUAUAAUAAAACUUUACCCAUUUCAUCAAAAUUAAUUCAUAGUUGUAGAUUUAAAUGUUGUGCCAAAAAAGAUGAUAAAGAUAUUUAACCUCAAAACAGAAAUUUAUAAUUAUCAUGAAAUUGAUGCAUCAACAGUUUGUUUGCUCAUAUACAACUUAAUGGGGAGGAUGGUUUAAUCUUAUUGAUGAUCACUUACAUAACUCUUAAAUAUAGCAUAGGUUAAAUAUUAGAAACCAAUGGUCCACCCCAUCCACCCCAUCCACCCCUCAUUAAAAAUUGGUCGUCCAUUAAGUCGGUAUAUCACGUUUAGUUUAUUUAGACAUUCAUAUGAAAUUGGUAAGAAAUUGUUCAUUGAAUAUUUUGACACCUGUCUUAAAAUGGAAUAGAAUUAUUUACGUUAAUCUAACAACCAACAGUUGAAGUAAUAAUAUAGGUACAACGAUUGAUGUGUGUACUGUAUACAACACAUAUAUAGAUUUUUUAUUCCAUUUAUGUUCUAUAUAUAGAUACAAUUUUUUGUUUGAUGGUUAGAAAUUAGGUUGUGAUACUAGUUUUUGAUGGAAUGAGUCAGUGAUUAUGUUUGUCCCCAGAUAUAUGUGCUAUAUUGUAUUGCCAAAAAGAUUUUUCGUUGUUUCAUCAUGAGAUGAUGUCAUAAUACGUUCAAUAGUCAAUAUCGCAUUUGCUAUUUUUAAACGGUACAUAUUAAAUGAGUAUUAUGUACCAUUAUAUUCAAGACAUCGAAAUCAAUCACUUACUAUGAAACCUUUUAGUGUUAUCGAAGUUCUUUUUAAGUAAAAUUGAGAAUGGAAAUGACUACUUUAUAACUAUUGAUGACUUAGAACAUUUGUGCAGUAAUCAUUAGUGUUUUAAUGAUUUCUCGAUUAAAAAUAUAUACUGGUUAGAGUAGACUUUAAAUUUCCGAAUGCAUAUUGUUUGAUGACUUUCCGUCAUAGAAACUACGAGUGUAACCAAAUAAUUACUAUGAGGUAGCGAACAACAUUUUAAUUUUGAUUUACAUAACGAUGUAGAAUAGACUAUUUUCAUAUUACCGACUUUUGACUCCGGAUUAUAUAAUUUGUCGACUGGUUACCUUGGACAUCAUGGUACCAAGUCAGGUAAGCGCAAGCUAAAGAAGUAAAACCAAGCUUUCAAUCGGUACACUUUUGGGGGAAAAUUACCUGGUUAAUAUUUUUUUUUUCACUACAAAAUCAUCGGAAAACAGUAAACUUUCCCCUCUAAUUACACCGAUUAUAUAUUUGAUUUUACUUAUUUUGGCUGCUCUUAUUUGACCGAGUACCAUGAUGUCCAAGGUAACCAGUCGACAAAUUAUAUAAUCCGGAGUCAAAAGUCGGUAUUAUGAAAAUAGUCUAUUGUAUGUGUGUGUGACCUCUUGACCUCUAGAUUUUUUUUCUUUAUGUCACUAGGUUGCUGCCUCAUUGGCGUUAUAUAACCCAACCCCCACAUGUUCUUUCAAUAGUAUAUACCUUCUACAAAAACUUAAUUUGCAUGCUUUGAAAUUUACAAAGAAAACAUUAUUGAUACAAAAAUCUUAAGAGUUAAAGAACAUAUGUUUUGUUAAAUUGUUAUAUUAUUCUCAAUAGAAUUCAGCGGUAGACUGUCAACGUUUUUCCCUUUCUUAUUGUAAGUUGUUUCACAAUAGAGAUAUACAUAUUUAAUGUAUAUUUUUUAAUAUACUUCUUGGUGCAUUUGAAACGAACUUUUAUGAUUUGGGUGUGUUUUAUGUUUAAAUUUCGAUGUCUUCAUACGUUGAAAGUUGUGUUGCGUCUGCACAUAUCUAUAAUUUAAGUUUGCACCGUUUUGUAUUGUAGAUAUUUCCAUGAUAGAAAACUUUGUCAUCAUGAGCUUUAAGCUAUAAAAGUCAUUAGACAAUGCAUAUUAUUGCAGGGAAUGUAUUGAACUUUUUCAAAAAUCGAACAGGUAACACAAUAUCAAACAUAUACAAUAUAUCUUUUUCUAACGUGUAGGGAACGAAAUUACAGAUGCAUAAAGGUAUCGAACAAGUAAACUAAAAAAUAAGUGGCACCUGCAAAAUAAAUUGAACUUCACGCUGUUUUAGUCGUCAAUAAGUUACAAUCAGUUUUUUUUGGCUAUAAAUAUCGGUUAAUGUUACAAUAACAGUAAAAGGCUUUUAGCUCUAUUCUUUAUAACAAUGUUUUCAUUUUGGAUCUGAUCGAAAAGCAUGGAGAGGAAUACGUAAUCCGAUAUACUUUUUAUUUUCAAAUUUUUCUGAAGAAUGUUUGAUUAAAGCGUUAAAUACGUCUAAUAUCCAAUAGAAUUACAAAAUAUGAAGUCAAAAUUCUCGUUUAUUUAAAGAAGUUUCCAAUGUUUUGGUAAGCCUUUUCUACUUUGAUUCACUUUUGUAACCCAACAACAUAUGUAGUGUUAGACAUUCCAGUAUCCGAACUAUUUACCUCAAACACUUAAUUAGAGACUAUCAUUUGCUAUUUUGAUAGGGGUCAGGAGAAUUUUGGAAAUAAAUAUUCUGUCAUGGUAAAAAUUGCCCAACAAUAUCCUGGAUUAAAUUGUGUACAAAAGUGAAAAUCAAUUACCACGCAAAAUAAAUAAGCCAGACUGGCAACAUAUCAAAAUAAAUAUUCCGUCCACAAGAAAUCAUUCAGGUCCCUCAUAACAAAUCAAUAGGUCGUCCACUUACAAAAUACUUUAUAUACAUUUGUAGUAAAAUAUUAUCAAAAAAGCAUCUAUAAGAAGAGAUAAUGAUUUUCCCUUUAAGAUGUCUUUACAGUCUAUGGCCAGUAUUAUUUGUUAUUGGUACGGUUUCUUUUGUUACCAUAAGCAAUUGCCCAUAUGUUUAAGGCUUCGUCCUCAUUCGUCGGAAAUAUUCAGUUGAAAUUAGUUAUGUUUGUAUCUGAAUAUUCCAUACAAUGAUGAUGAAUUGCUCUUAUAUUUAUUUACCAUGGUGGUAAACCAAUAGAACUUUCAACGUUUUGUUAAUUUCAAUAAAGGGUAAAUUUACGUUCAAAUUGAUUGUUUUCUGUACUGAUGUAAUGCAUUGGCUGUUUGAGAAUAUAGAUAUAUACAUUUUUUUAAAAGAUAACCAGUUUUCAUUUCAACAGCAUUAUAACUGAAGGGCAUAACAUACCAUUCUGGUUUGUGCAAUUGGUAUUUCUCUCAGUUGUUUCUUUUCUGGUAUUAUUUGAUUUUUUCAUCAUAAUUGUUGUUUUUUGUUUUACUUUUAUAUAUCAUUCCCCAAGUGUUUACAUGUGUGUCUGCUUAAUUUGUAGAUCUUUGUGUUGUAUGUAUUUUUUUUUUAUAGUUGUUUGAUUAUUUUAUUAACAAUAUUAUUUAUACAGCUGUUUAGUUUUGUUAUCAGUAUUUUAUUGUUAGAUUGUUAUAUAUAACAGUUGAAGUAUCGCUCUGUGAUUAAUUAUUUUAGUGAUAUCCAUCAAAGAGGCUUCUGGUUUGAAAAUAUUUUGUACCCGAAAAUGAAAUGGUGGAUUAAUAUAUAGCAUUUUCAUUGUGGCGACACAAAAUGAUAGACAUGGAUUCUAUGCCAAGCAAGCAUGUAUCUUACAACAUAAAUCAUAAUACAUGUCUAAAUAAAAAAGAAGAUGUGGUAUGAUUGCCAAUGAGACAACUCCCCACAAGAGACCAAAUGACACAGUAAUUAACAACUAUAGUUCACCGUACGGCCGUCAACAAUGAACAAAGCCCAUACCGCAUAGUCAGCUAUAAAAGGCCCUGAAAUGACAAUGUUAAACAAUUCAACCGAGAAAACUAACGGCCUAAUUAAUGUACAAAAUAUGAACGAAAAACAAAUAUGUAACACAUAAACAAACGACAACCACUGAAUUACAGUCUCCUGACUUGGGACAGGCACAUACAUACAGAAUGUGGCGGGGUUAAACAUGUUAGCGGGAUACCAACCCUCCCCUAACCUGGGACAGUGGUGUAACAGUACAACAUAAGAACGAACUAUAAAAAUCAGUUGAAAGAGGCUUAACUCAUCAGAUGGAUAAAAAUACAAAUACCACAAUAACAAGAGGACGUGGCCAGGUAUGCAUACCCCGUAAGAAAUGCCAAUAGUAAUACAUUUUGCCUUUAUCGAGUAAAUAUUUCAAAUAAUUUUCCAAUCUUCUGUGCCUUCCUUAUUAGCACAUAUUCUGGCUAUAGCAAAAUGAUUAAAAAGUUAUCAUACAAGUGCCUUUUAUUAAAACCAAAUUUUUGGCAAUAUGUUUAACCGUACCGUGUAUUAAAUAUAAUGAUUUCAGAACAACCAAGCCUCAGGAGAGACAGAAGGGUCGUUUUAGACUUUGCAAUAAAAAAAAAUUGGAAAGCUACUAACUAAAUCCUACUUUUGAAUGUUUUUGGUUAUUUUUAUGUCAUUUUAUAUGCCGGUUGUAAGCUUAUAUAACUUUGUCUUAAAUAACCUAGAGAUCAUUUUUCGGGUAGUUUAACUUUCGUACAGAUUGGUGCGGUCAUAACCUGCACAAAAGUUAACUUUGGACAGACGUUUUGACAGCUUUUAAAGUAAACUUGAUAUAUGUAGACCAGACAAACGAGUAAACUUUUUAUCAGCUUUUUAGAACUAUUAAAUCACUAGGACCAAGUCUACAGUACUUUCAAGGUUAGCUUGUGUACUUCUAUGAUCGGUCAGAUCAGUAAAAAUAUCUGGUAAUGAAGUUAACUUACUAUACAGGUUAUGACUGUACUCAUCUGUAUAUUUUUUGUUAAAUAUUAACAUGAACAAUAAUUAUAACAAGAGCAGAUCAGAAUCUGUGAUAGUGCUAUGAUUUAUUUUAUUUUCUUUACAUUGUAUAUAGACUUGUGUUGUUGUUGUAAGAUAAGUACAAAGGUAAAGUUAAAUUCCUAACAAUUUCAACUCAUCAUGCUUUGCAUGGGCAGCAGGUCAUUUUGUCCGGUUUAGAAUAAGUCUACAAUUGGCAAAGGAAAACUAUUUGUGUUAAAAGUGUGUAAUACACUAUUGCCAAUAUCCAACUAUAAAAGAAAUUACACAACGUUUUUUGUUCAAUAUGAUAUCUUGUCAAUGCAAUAUUUUUUCAAGAAACAUUAUUUUCCAUCGUUUAUGUGUGCAACUUGGUACUUUAUUUACAUCAUGUACAUGUUUUAAAGAUAUAUGCUCCAUAAGAAAAUAUUAUUGCGUUUAUAAUCAUACGAAAUGUAGGUUUUGUUUUUUGAUGUGGGAGUUGUUAACUAAAUACUACAGAUAUCAGUUGAAGCUUUUGAGUGAUAAGAUAUGAUAAUGUAUUUCAUUUUCAACCACAUUUUGUAUCAUCUAGAAGGGAAACAUUUUAUCAUUUUCUAAAGGUUUCACACUGCAUAUAGCUUGUUAAUUAUAUUUGUUUCAGCAACGCAUAGAAAAAUACAAGUGUUCAUAAACUUGUGCAAAAUAACUAUACGUAACGAAAAGUACACAUUUGAAAAAAAAAAUAUAAUCCAACCCCCAUUUUGAGCCUCAACCUUCCUGAAGAACAUAUUGUAAUUAGUAACAUAUUUGUUUGAACAGCUUCACGUGUGUAUUUUUUAUACCUGUAUAAACUAAUUGUGAUCUCAAAGAAAACAGUAAAUGAUUCAUAAUUGUAAAUAUAUCAUUUAAAUGUAUUUCUAUCGUUUUGAAAAUAAUGACUUUUCUUUAAAAAGAAAACAACUUUUAUUCUGUUUUAAACUAAAUUAAGUUCAGAUGGGUCAAAAAAAUUAUGUAAUAUAGUAUUCAUCUCCUGUUUUCGAUUAUGAGGAGACAAUAAUAAAAAGUUCAUAUUAGCAGUCUUUGGAGUGUGGAUAAAAACGUUAUAAUUCAUAGGGGGUAAAUCUCUGGUCUAGGAACAGUAAAAAUGAUUGCGAAGAGUGAUAUGUUACAAGUAAACUCGUUGAAUAAAUAUUGAUGGAAGGAUUAUGAUUUCGGUUACAUCGGAAUAACACUUUUAUACUCAUAUAUGUGUAAGGGUAAGAAAAACAAACAGUUUAGGGCUUUUAAGACUCUCCUGUUUGUUUGAGAAUAAAUCUAAAAAAUGAGCCUCCUCAUUGGGUUUUUGAUUAUGUGAUUACUUGGACGUUUUUAAAGUAAUUAUUUGAUUACCAGACCAAUUUGAUUAUUUGAUUAUUUAAUAAUCUAGGACUGUAUUUUUGAUUAUUUGAUUAUCUUGUUUAAAAAAAAAAAUUAAUGAUUAUGUGAUUAUAUUGGCAACACUUUGUGAUUAAGUGAUUACAUGGACACCCCCAUGAGAGGCCUAAAAAAUAUGUUUUAAUAACAUUCCUGUAAACUUCCAUGGAAAAAUGACUCUAUAUAUAAAAAUCAGAAGAUGUGGUAUGAUUGCCAAUGAGACAACUCUCCACAAGAGACCAAAUGACACAGAAAUUAACAACUAUAGGUAACCGAACGGCCUUCAACAAUCAGUAAAAUCCAUACCGCAUAGUCAGCUAUAAAAGGCCCCGGAAUGACAAAUGUAAAGCAAUUCAAACUAAACAAACUAACGGCCUGAUUUAUGUACAAAGUAAUGAACGAAAAACAAAUAUGAUAUACAGCAACAAACGAGUGUACAUGUUGUUCAAGGCGUUUAACAAGGCUGCAAUAUGUCCGUGGGUACAUACAUAAAAUUGUACCCACAAGACCUCUGUAUCUGUUCACUUAAACGAUCAGAUCCUUUCUUGAAAUUUCAAAAGAUAGAAAAAUACAUGUGCAGUUUUGUUUUUUUGUUUUUUGUUUUUUUUAUUAUUCUUUUCUAUUUCUAAAUUAAAAAUAAAAAAAACGCUUUUGUUUUUGUCAUCAUCUGUAGAUUAGAAAAAUAUACUUAAAUAAUUUAAUUUGUAAUUAAUUUACUGCGGAAUGACUAUAUCGAGUGUGUUUCAAAGCUGUAGAUACAAUGCCAAAAAUUAAUAAUUGUGUUGAAAUAUUUUUAGACUAAAUAUACAUUCACAUAUAGACUAUGCAAUACGGUGUACAUAUUAAUUUUUAAUAUUUAUUCAUUAUUUUUCUUAUCAUAAUGUAAAUAAAAUUCAUUUAUUUUGUAA